UUUGUCUAGCGAAGCGACGAACUGUCAAGCUUUUCAUUUUAAAAAUAAUGUAUUUGCUAUGUUUUUCCACAAUAUUAAUGAUUAAAAGGCUGGCCUAAACCUAAGUAUUCGUAACUUCACUGCGGAAAUGUUAGAUUAUAUGAAACUUAAUUUUGAACUUCAAGGUUUUGACACAUAACCUCUCAGUUGUUUGUUAUGCCUGUGAUUAUGCCAUUAUGAAUUCCCAAGUUUGUGUUACUUGUCGCAAUGAGAAGGUGGUGAACCUGACGGAUAACCGGCUAGUGACGGAGAGCUGUGGGCAUGUCAAGUGUAUGGACUGCUUGCUGCACGAGAAGUCUGGAUGCAGCGCUUGUUUAGCGUCUAUUCAAGAGUGCACCGAACCUGACGACGAAGUGUGUGGAGAUGACAGCCCCGAACCCCCCGAGGUGCCUUUGGUAUACGAAAAGGAGAAGGAAAUCGUAUCGGAAGUUUAUAAUGAUUAUGAAAAAAAGAAAAAGCCGGAGACGUCUCAUAUUAGAAUAGAAACUGAUGCAAAUGGAAGAUGCUAUGUGUGUACUGUUUGUAAUAAGAGGUUCCAUGCCAGGAGCCAGGUUGCAUAUCAUGCUUAUUGCAAUGGACAGCGGAAACCGUUUCAAUGUCCGGAGUGUACCAAGAGCUUUGCCACGCACUCUCACUUCAAGUACCACAUGAGGGUUCAUCGGAAUGAGCGCACAUACGCCUGUGACGUUUGUGGGGACAGCUUCUUUCAGAUGUCCAAACUGCAGCGGCACAAGCUCAAGCAUUCAACAGAAGAGAAAAAGUUCGUAUGUGUGCAGUGCAGCAAGGGUUUCAAUAACCUGUCAUCGCUGCGCAAGCACGAGCUCACGCACAGCGAGGCGCGGCCCUAUGCGUGCGCCAUCUGCGCGCGUCGCUUCCGUGACAGCUCCAACUACAGGAAGCACGUGGCCAAGCACGACGACAAGAAAUGCGGUUGCGGACGCGGCUGUGCGCUGUGCGCGGCGCCGGUGCCGGAGCGGCGCGCGCACCAGUGCCCGCGCUGCCCGCGCGCCUUCCACUCGCGCAAGGACAUGCGCCGCCACCAGGCCGUGCACACCGAUUCAAAACCCUUCCGCUGCAAGGUAUGCAACAGGCGCUUCAGGCGUAAAGACAACUUAGAACGUCNAGAACGUCACAUUCGCAACACGCACCCCGACCAAUCGCCCGCGACCGCCGUGGACUGUGACGUAGGAGCCCUGAAGCAACUCGCAGCCAACGGGCGCUCAGACCCUCCCCAAGACACUCCCGAUGCUCCCCCACAGAAUAACGACAAAUCCAUCCUCAAAAUCCUCAACCCCCUCCCCCCUCUUCCCCAAGAAGUCAUCCAAAAACACAUGAGCGUCGACAACACUCAAGAAAAAGACGUCAUCGACAAAUCGUACAUUCUAGAAGCGAACCACGCCCGGCAGAGCGUCAUAGUCGGCAAGUGCACUUUUGACCGUAAACCGCCGAGCCCGCAAGGCAACGAGUACGUGCACAAAAUCCGAAAAGCGAACUCUAUGGCCAGCCAGAAGAACAUUCCUCUUCCGCCGAUAGAUGAGAAGAAGAUUCUGGAGUUGGAACAGAAAACGAGUGCCAAUAACUUGGACGUGGGCGCUCCUCCGAAAGACAUGGAGCUGUACAAGAAGAUAUUGUAUGGGAAGUCGGAGCUGGAUGGCGCUGCGUGCGAAGACGACACCAAGCUGAGCUCCAAAAUGCACUGGAGGCAGAAAAUGAAGCUAAAUAUUAACUGAUAUUACGGAACGGAAGGCUGAAAUGGGUGAUUAUGUAUUUGGAGCAGGUAUUUUGUACAAUUGGAAAAUCUACCAUUAUUUUUAUAUUUUUACUAUUGAGAGUUAUGUCGUGUAAUUUUCCAAAACGUGGAGGCGCGCAAUUUGGUAUGCGAUUUUUAGACAUUUUUAAGUCAUUAGUCAUUUAUAACUUUUAAUGUAAGUAAAUUACGUUUUAACUAUGAAAUUGGAUAUGAAAAUGAAAUGUUAACGAAUACCGAGUUAUGUAGACAUAACAAAAGAGGGAAAAUGGUUAAAAAUAGUCAAUAAGUGCGUCCAAGACGGUUAAUUGUAAGCUGUUUUCUUAUUCAUUUUACUUUAUUGAUGUUUAUUUACAUAGAAGAUUUAGAAACGUUAUGCGAUAUACUAUUUUUAAUUAAAUAUCUUGGCACCAGCUCGAAUAACCAAAACGAUUCAAAUUGAUCUCAAAUGUUUCACGUUUUAACGGAUUUUACGCGUAAAAAUAACAAAACAAGUGCCGUAAUAAUAAUGUUUCCGAGUCUAUUUUAUUGAAAUUAAGUUUAUAAUUUUCAAGAAGACUUGCGAAGUCAAAGUAUUCGAUUACUUGGCAGUCUGCGACUGGGUAGAAACUUCGUUAUUUUGAACUACUUUACAAAUUAGUAUUCUGCUAAAGAAUUGAAGUUUUUAAAAUUGAUAGUUUCAUUGAAAUUUUAUUGGGUCUUGUUUUUGUUGAAUUGCUCUUUUUUGCCAAAAAGAAAUGUGAUAGCAUAACUUGUCCAACUUGAGGUUCGUAGGAACAUAAAAAUCCUUAGUAGUUAUGAUAAUUUUGACUGAAAACUUGAUCUCUACCAUACGUUGAUCUCAAGUAAUUAUUUAAGUACAUUGCGGCGCGACCCGCGCGCUAUAAGAUAAAAGUCAAUUUAUAUAGUAGUUUGCCAAUGCCAACAUUAUUCCAAACAAAAGUAUGAAUGAAUUUUUGAGAAAUUAAAUGCAAACGUAAUAAUAAUACAAUGUUAAUAAUAAGAUAAUGAAAAUAACCCUAAGUCUUACUUUGCCUCGUGCGAAAACAUUUGUAAAUAUACAUUUCAGAAGUUUAAUCAAAUAUAAACAAAUAAUGACUUAACGCACACAUAAAUGGGUGUAUGUAUUUUAACAUGUAGGAAGGAAUCGCUUUGUACCAUAAGCGUACGUGCAUAUUAUUUAAAUAAAUAUUAAAAUAAGAGAUUUUACAGUAUCCGUGUGCAUAGUCCGAGUUUUACUCACGAACGCUUUUUGAUCAAAAAAGUUACAGUUAAUAUUCAUACCGCUAGACGGCGCCACUCCAACUACUUUUUAAUAAAAUAA